AUGAACGACGCCGUCGGGACCGUCGCACGAGCUAGGGCGCCGCCGUCGGUCUACGAGGGGACGUCGAACACGCUGUCGGUCGCGUCCGGCCGCGUGUCGUACGCGCUCGGCCUCACGGGGCCCUGCGCGUCCCUCGACACGGCGUGCUCGUCCUCGCUCGUCGCGGCGCACGCCGCCGUGAGCGCGCUGCGCCUCGGCGAGUGCCCGCGCGCCGUCGCGACGGGCGUCGGACUGCUCUCGGCCUCGGCGACGGCCGCGUUCUCCGCGGCGGGGAUGCUGUCGGCCCUCGGGCGAUGCCACACGCUGGACCGGCGGGCGGACGGCUACUGCCGCGGCGAGGGCUGCGGAUCGUUCCAGGUGACGACAGGAGCCGGGAGCGCGCGCGUCGACGGGAUCGCCGUGCAGCAGGACGGCCCGAGCGCGUCGCUCACGGCCCCGAACGGGACGUCGCAGCAGCGGCUCCUGGUGGCGAUCUCCUGGGCGUCGGCUCGAGCCGUAGCGCUGGAGGCGCACGGCACGGGCACGGCGCUCGGCGAUCCG